CCUGUGCCGCUGACGUCCCGAGCAGUGCUGGGAAGUAUAGGCUGUGUUGUCACGCCGGUGUCAGUCUGAUGAAGAUUGGCAUCAGGUGAAAUCUGGAGCAGGACUCUAAGGCUUUCCAUUCUCCAUGCCGCUCAUUAGAAGAGGGGCUGCGAACUGUAAGUCCUCCAUGUGAAUCAAUCCCAUGAUGCAACAUGCCUCCCCAGCCCCAGCUCUGACAAUGAUGGCCACGCAGAAUGUCCCGCCCCCACCCUACCAGGACAGCCCACAGAUGACGGCAACUGCCCAGCCACCCUCCAAGGCCCAGGCUGUCCACAUCUCUGCACCCUCAGCUGCUGCCAGCACACCUGUGCCCAGUGCCCCCAUUGAUCCCCAGGCCCAGCUGGAGGCUGACAAGCGAGCUGUGUACAGGCACCCUCUUUUCCCGCUCCUGACGCUGCUGUUUGAAAAAUGUGAACAGGCCACGCAGGGCUCUGAGUGCAUCACCUCUGCCAGCUUUGACGUGGACAUCGAGAACUUUGUCCACCAGCAGGAACAGGAACACAAACCCUUCUUCAGCGAUGACCCAGAACUGGACAAUCUGAUGGUGAAGGCAAUCCAGGUGCUGAGAAUCCACCUUCUGGAGUUGGAGAAAGUCAAUGAACUCUGCAAGGACUUUUGCAACCGCUACAUCACCUGCCUCAAAACCAAGAUGCACAGUGAUAACCUGCUCAGGAAUGACCUCGGGGGACCCUACUCCCCCAACCAGCCCUCCAUAAACCUUCACUCACAGGACCUCCUGCAGAAUUCCCCCAAUUCCAUGUCUGGAGUCUCCAAUAACCCCCAAGGGAUUGUGGUCCCAGCCUCAGCGCUCCAGCAGGGCAACAUCGCCAUGACAACUGUCAACUCACAAGUCGUGUCAGGUGGAGCCUUAUACCAACCGGUUACCAUGGUAACCUCCCAGGGUCAGGUGGUCACCCAAGCAAUCCCCCAGGGAGCCAUCCAGCUCCAGAACACGCAGGUUAACCUUGACCUCACCUCCCUCCUGGACAAUGAGGAUAAGAAGUCCAAGAAUAAACGAGGAGUGUUACCCAAGCACGCCACCAAUAUAAUGCGUUCUUGGCUCUUCCAGCAUCUCAUGCACCCCUACCCCACGGAAGAUGAGAAAAGACAGAUUGCAGCUCAGACAAACCUCACCCUUCUGCAAGUGAAUAACUGGUUCAUCAACGCCCGGAGGCGCAUCCUGCAGCCCAUGCUUGAUGCCAGCAACCCAGACCCCGCCCCCAAAGCCAAGAAGAUCAAAUCCCAGCACCGGCCCACCCAAAGAUUCUGGCCUAACUCCAUUGCUGCUGGGGUGCUACAGCAGCAGGGUGGGGCCCCAGGCACGAACCCUGAUGGUUCCAUCAGCCUGGACAACCUGCAGUCCCUCUCCUCAGACAAUGCCACCAUGGCCAUGCAACAGGCCAUGAUGGCUGCACACGACGACUCAUUGGAUGGGACGGAAGAAGAAGAUGAAGAUGAGAUGGAAGAGGAGGAGGAGGAAGAGGAGCUGGAGGAAGAGGCCGACGAGCUGCAGACAACGAAUGUCAGCGACCUGGGCUUGGAACACAGUGACUCCCUGGAGUAGCCGGGCCGCCCAGAUGGCACUGACAGCCGCACAGGACAGGAGUGCCCUCGGUGGGGCAUCGGGGUGGGGGAGGGCGCCUGGGCAGGCAGCCCCGAGGGAGCUGGGCCUUGGCUUCCCCACAUCACAGCUAGAAGAAGGCACCCCUGCGCCUUCCCAACCCCCUGAGCUUCAGUGAGCCCCGCUUGCCAAGGCAUGUCUGAACGAAAGGACAGGCCUGAGAUCUGGACUCUUCGACUGGGACAGAGGGCCCCUUCGGGCUCCCCCGCGGAAGGCCUGCAGCUGUCCACGAGCCCUGCGCUGUGAGGCGGGUCAGUGCCGCUCACAGAGUGAGCCGGCCAGGGAACAGACUUAGGAGGAAGCAGGAGACAGUGGCGCUCCAUCCUCAGCCUUCCACAGACACUCGAGGGCACGGCCGGAGGCGUGGGAGGGUCAAAUCCCCCCAGCCUCUGACCUGUCCCUCCACGGCCCCCCUCUCUGGGCAAGGCAAGCAUGGACUUGUGAGG